GAUAGCGCGAAACUUAUGGUGUACAGAAGUCUGCGGCCGCGGAGAAAGUUAACUGUAGUGCGUGCCCCUUACCGCGGCGCCUCACUCCGCGCCAGAGCAGCGCGCGCGUCGCACACCGCGCACCAUGUGUACACAUCGACCAUCCGGCAAAAAGACAACAGAAAGCGACAGUGUUCCAUAUUAGCGAAGCUUUGUCUAGUGACCGACGGUGGACACAAGUUUGUAAAGACUCAGUGCAGUGCGACCGAUUAUAGGAUGACGUUCGCUGGGAACAUGAAAGAGAGCAAGCCGCGAACCGUGAAAGACACCUGGGAGUCAGAGCUCGGUUAUGGCUGGUCACGGAGCGGGCAGCGCCGGUGCCGCUCGCACCGGCCGCCGGAGUCCACCAUGUCGGUGAGCAGCGACAUCCGGUUCACGCGGCGCAAGCUCAGCCGCUCCUGCCGCGGCUGCUGCGCCGCCCUCGCAGCGCUGCUGGUGUUGCUGCUACUGGCGGCCGUUGCUGUCUACCUCGGCCACAUGUACCUCUUUGGGGACCCGCUGAACCGGCAAACGUUUCGGGGCUCGUUCGUGGCCUCCUCGUGGGCGCCGGACGACCGUGACGCGCCCGAGUUCAAGGGGAACAGUACCAGAGACGGGGAGCUGCAACAGACUCUCUAUGACACAUACGUCAACUCAGAGUUAAGAUCCUGUUUUGUCACCGCUGAAAUACUGGCCUUGGACAAUGUCCAAGAAGGCACGCGAGUCCAUUUUGAAGUGUCGUUCGAACCAAUAUUUACGGCGGUGACCACCGCUGAAGUGACCGCUGUAUUAGUGAGGGCGUUUCCAGCACCAUACUUCCAAGGAAUGGGCGUGAUUCCUGCGACUUUGCAUAUUGAGGAAAGCUCAAUAAUAUCUUCACAAGCUUUAAAAGAAGGCGACGCGCCGAUCACCGAGAUAUCGACAACCGAAGUGGUGGCGUUUGAAAUAGAAGAGGAUCUCCGAGAGUGUUCGCCCUUGACUCUCUCCCUGUGUUCCCAUUUACCGUACAACACAACGACGUACCCAAACUUAGUGGGACACUCGUCCAAAGAAGCGUUACUUCGUGAUCUCGUCGCCUUUAGAGAGCUGCUGGACGCAGAAUGCUCACAUCUAGCACAAGAUUUCGUGUGUCAAAUACUUCAACCGCGCUGUGAGGACGCGCGGCUGGUGCGUCCGUGUCGCGCGUACUGCCGCGCGUUCGCCGCCGGCUGCGGCGCGCGGCUGCCCGACCGACUGCGCCCGCACUUCGACUGCGCGCGCUUCCCUGACUACUUCGGCCCUGGCUCUUGCUCUUCUGAACCAGAUUGCGUGGGCAGUCUCCAACGAGCGGCGCUGUCCAGACGCGCGUGCGACGCGGUGCCCGACUGCGCAGACGCGUCCGACGAGCGCAGCUGCUCGCACUGCGCGGCGGCGGGGCCCGGCGCACUGCGCUGCGCUCUGCAGCCGCGCUGUGUGCCUGCGCACCUGCGCUGCGACGGCACACCCGACUGCGCUGACGGCAGUGACGAAUCUGGUUGCUUGUGGGUGAGCCGCUCGCUGUCGUCGUGGCGGCGCGAGACGGCGGAGUCGACGCUGGGCGCCGUGCGCAGCCGCGCCGGGUACGCGGUGUGGGCGGAGCGUGGGCGCGUGGGCAAGAUCUGCGCCGCGCCCUACGAGCACGACCGCCGCGCGCUCGCGAGCCUCGCCGCCUCGCUGUGCAGCGCGCUCACCUUCAAAACUGCUGUGUCCGCGGAGGCGGUACCUGAUGGCGAGGAAGAGUUCGACGAGGACACGACUGAAGACUCGUUGCAGGACAGGACGAGGAGAGACGCGCCAGAAUACGUGCAAGUUGUCGACCCCACUGCGUCGGAAAUAUCGUUCGUCAAAAGCGAAUGUCCACAACGGAAGGUCAUAAAGAUUGUUUGCGAUAACUUAGAAUGUGGCUUGGCUUCGGCGCGCGGUGGGAGCGCGGCGCAGGGUGUGGCAGGGCUGCCACGGGGCGCGCGGCCGGGCGACUGGCCGUGGCACGCGGCGCUGCUGCGUGCGCACGUGCAUGCGUGCGACGCGGCGCUCUUACACCCCGCCUGGCUCAUCACCACGGCCUCUUGCUUCCAGGGUCAACCAAAAGCGGAGUGGACAGCCAGGCUGGGUAGUGUCCGUAUCCAGAGCACUACGCCGUGGCAGCAAGAGCGUCGUAUCGUAGGCAUGGUGCGCUCGCCAGUCGAGGGCAGCAUGCUAGCCUUGGUGCGGUUGGAGGAACCAGUAGAGAUGACCGACUUCGUGCGCCCCGCCUGCCUCCCGGAAGACGGCUUUAAGGCAGACGAACAAAGCAUAUGCAAUACACUCGGCUGGACAAGAAAUAGAGACCAGCUGCAAAGGGUGCACGUUGUGCCGACGGCGAUGAACACAUGCGAGAAUGUCAGCAUUGCUACAGGGAAUGGAAUAUGCGCCGAACCGUUGUACGACCAAGACGAUUGUGACGAAGAAGAAUAUGCUGGAAGUUCAAUGAUGUGCUUUGAUGAAAAAUCAAAACGCUGGUCCUUACUAGGCGUCACUGGAUGGCGAAUCGCGUGCUCGAAAAUAGGACUUGGCCGUCCGCGCAUAUACGACGCCGUGACCUCGCACAUAGAGUGGAUACGCAGAACCAUCGCUAACUCGUCGAGGUGACUUUAACACAACAAAAGACUGCAAAUGUUCAACCAUUGUUAUGUAUUUUACUGUAGCUAAUAAGAUUUGUUAAGUUUUAUGUAUAAAAAAGGUUUAAAAUUAUGCAGAAUUGUGUGUUGUAGAAAGUGUUUAUGUAGGUUCUUUUACAAAAAAUAAUAAUUCAAGUUACAGUGAGUUCCUCAGUAAUGGUGGUUUCCUAAAAUGCAGGAUUUUAUCUAUGUCAAAAAAAAUUAUGAUAUUUAGCGUAAAAAAAUUAAUCCACCUAUGUGUAGAUUUUUAAUUAGUUAAUUAAAUUUAUUACAAGUAUUAAGUGCAUUGUGUGCUUGCCUGCAAAGGUUUAAAAACUAGAGAAAAAAUAUAUAGUAAUGAAUAUUUGAUUGUAUAGGGAAGUAAAUGCCAUGAGUUUUGUACAUAAAAAGAUUGGAAGUAUAAUAUUCUAAAAUGUAUUUUUAUCAAGGUUGAAGGUUGCAAUUAAAUUUUAAAAUACAAUGAAUGCUAGAAAGCAAAUUUAAUUUCCUUAUUCGCUUUUUCAGGAUAUUAGCAAGAAAAGUUGCAACCCAAACAUUAUUUCUUCAGUUGUGUAUUAUGUAAUACAUUUCUUGAAAAUCAAGUGGAUAUCUAGAUUUAGGUACAUUUUUACACAUCAGCCAACAUAGUUAACUGCCAACAUAGUUAUUUGAACAUACUUUUGUAUUCUAAAGCCAUUGACAUUGAGGAUGUUAGGCUUAGGUUACCUAUAGGCAAAUGUAAGGGUAAAAUAUAAAGUACAUCCUAUAUUGAUAAUAUGCAGUUUAAGUACAAAUUACAAUACAACUAAAAUUAAAAAUGUUAAUAUUUUAUACUUUCUAAAUAAAAAAAAUACUCAAUAUCAUAAAAUUCUUCACAUGAUUUGUAUUAUAAUAAUUUUAGAUUAGUGUAAGACUGUAAUUAGUAAUAUUUAUGGCUUUUAUAAAACUUGUAAAAUGAUUGUAAAUAUAUUUCAAAGUAAAAUACCAAAUUAUCAUUAAAUUAAUUUAAACAUC